UUUGAUCGCUUUUGCCGCAAGGAAAUUGGUUUAAAUAUUACAGCAGAAUGGUGAUGUAGUAGAUUUGAACUAUGCGUACGUGCAAAACCGGGCAUUUGAGCUUCACACCGGUGAUCCACCCAGCCGCUUGUCCAGGAAACCUACGCUGAGUGGGAGGUGUUUAGAUCUGCUUGGCUGUCCACAUUAACAGACGCGGUCGUUCCCAUUCACAAUCACCGCGCAGGUGUUGCUGCGCUCUGAGCACUGAGCAGCAUAUUUCAUUUGACUUACCUCUGCAGUUUAUCUUGCCACAGCACUGCGCCGACAUAUGUGCAACUCCCUGGCUAGUCUACUAGUCUCUGGUCAAGAAUAUUGGGGAGUUGUGCUGCGUUAUUCAUUGAGACAACAAUAAUUACAUGCGUGCGCUUUUGAUGGAUAUGGGAUCAUAAAUUAACUGGGCAUUGCACUGAUGUGAGGGCUUCCCGUUAUAUCAUUUAAAUGGAGACUCCAGCAAUUGUUUCAUUGUGGCCUGUGGAGCCUGCAGAGGGAUUUGAUGUGGAUGAAUUCUUAUCAUCUCCCCUUGUUUAUUGGACCAAGAAUCUGGCUGCAGUGGACGACCGCAGCAUAGAACCUUCGGAUUUAUGCAGUAGCGAAUUCCUGCGGAAUCUGUUGUCCGAAAUCGAUCCUCAUUUGCCCGAUGGCCAUGGCAAUGAUCAUAACGAUCCCGUUGAUCCGGUUCUUCGAAGAUUACAUGUACUGGAAGCCCUGGUGUUGCAUAUUCGUCGAUAUUUCUCGGAGAUCCUUGGCCAAAUUAUUGUUAUGCGGCCACCCGACAUUUUAUAUAUCAGCCAGUGUCCGACAGCCGAACACGCCGUACGGGAGAUGCGGAGUUUACUUCUCAUGGUGUUGAGUUUUGCCGUACAAUGCAGUCAAAAGGAAGACGUUAUUGAGCGUAUUCAAAAGAUGGACGAGUGCGCACAAAAAGGCAUCGUAGAGUGUAUUAAAGAGGUGACAGAUAACCCUCAGAGAGUAUGGAAAAUGGAGCAUACGGACCUUGCCGUAGUGGAUUAUCCAUCGGCACACGGUGACGGUCAUCGCAGUGGACCGCUGUUGAUAGCCCAUCAGCAUAUUAAAGCGCUUGUUAACGAUCGCGAUAAGUUGUUAAAGCUGGUGUUGCUGCUGUGGCGCGAAAACUAUCAACGCAAAGCGGAUGGCAGCGGGAAGAAGUUGAUGCCAGGAGGCAUCCAUCAUGCCGCGGAAACCGCCGAUCUCAGGGCGCAGAUUCGCCGUCUUUCACAAGAAUUAUACGAAUGCGGAGAAGAGAUGAAGGAAUGCAAAGAGGAACUGCACAGGACCAUGGUAACGGUGGAUAGUCUACGCAAAGAAAAUGCCGAAUUGUCAACAAACACCCGUCUGGUCAAAGUGUACCGUGAUGAACUUGAUAUUGUGUACGAAAAGGAAAAGAAAGCCGAGAAACUGGAGAGCGAAGUUAACCGUUACCGGAGCCAAUUGAACGAAAUGGAAUAUUAUAAAAAUCGCAUUGAAGAAAUGCAACAAAAUCUUCAGUUGCUGUCCGAGGCAAAGGCUUUACUCGAAACCCAGCUAGAAUCUGCUCGAAAACGAGCCGAUCUCGUACCGACAUUAGAAGUGGAUGUUGCGCAACUGAAGAGCCAAUUGUGUGCAGCUGCAGCCGAUGCGGCUAGCCAAAGAGAACAAGUCAAAGAUCUCGUCGCGGAAAAUGCUCAGUUGACCUUAGAUCUCCAGCGAUACCGUACGGAAACGGAAUUGACCAAAUACGGGGAUGACGGUCAUUCUGAUAAAUCUUCUGGAGUUGGCCUUUCUUUAUCGGAUCAGCUUACCGAGAGUCUUUCAACAAAAGUUCUCAGAUUAGAAAUUGAGAACGAAAAGCUGCGUUGCCUUCUGGAAAGCCGUGAUCGCGAGCACAUUCCCACGCAUCGUUCUAACUCGGACUAUACUGAUUCCGAUAUCGGAAGCGGCGGAUCGGACAGUUACGAUCUCUGUGCAUCACAAACAAACUCUUUAUUCCACACGAUGGAUAGUACCCUGACGUACGAAGAGUCGACUGUUACCGGUUCGACGCUUUGCGAAUACGAGCCAAUGACUUUGGAUCGUCAUUUGAUUUCUCCUAAUAAUAAAAGUGUUUCUAAGCUACAUUCAUACCUGGAAGAGGAAAAUUUCCUGCUAAAAGCUGAAAUUUUGUCGCUGAAGAAAUCAUUGGAGCAGUAUGAGAAAUUGGAGGCGAAACUGACGGAGUGUCAUGAUGAGCGCAUCGAAACUCGAAAAUCGCUGGAUGGGGCGCUAAGUGAGAUCUUGAACUUGACCGGUGAGAUGCGGCAAAUGGAGGAUUCUCGUGCCGUUCUGCUUGAACAGGCCGGUGAAGCGGAUGUGCUGAGGAAGGAGAACGCCACGCUGCAGUUGGAUUUAAAAUCGUCUGAUCAAAAGUCGAAAAUUCUAGAGCGUGAGAAUAAGCGAUUGCGGCAACUAGUGGACAGUCGGUCAGACGAGAUUGCGGAACUGCGUAAUCAGACAGCACAACUCGAAGGGGCCUGCAAGGAAUCACAGAGUGAAGCUGAGCUCAUCGGGCAACUGCGGUCGCGCAUGGCGGAGUUGGAGGCGGCCAAUAUGGAAAUGACCCAGAAGCUGAGCAUUUGUGCGGAUAGCAUGAACAGUCUGCAGAAUGAAUUGGUCAGGGAGAAGCUACGCACACGAAACUCUGGGAAAUUUGUCAAAGAGAUGUUGGUUUUUUUGAAUAAUCAGCACGUGAAUGUUCCCACUGAAGUCGAAUUGGACGAUGGGAAUGGCGCUACGGUGGCUGGCGUUGUCAUUGAUGCACUGUCGAGUGCGUUGAACCAGAACGAAAAAGAUGCCUUGAAGCGCGAAAACGACGACGUGAAGGCGGAACUGGACAACCUGCGCAAUGACUACCACGCACUGUGGACGGCGUACGAGAAGGAAGCGCGACGCGCACGUACCACUCCGUCGAGUAUCUCCAUCGAAGCGUCAUGUACCAAUGGCGAACUGCAGAACGAUGCACUGGAAAAAUUACGCAUGGAAGCAGCAUCCCUGAAACAAAGUCUGACUGUUGCCAAAUUGAAAAGCCUAACAUUUGAAGAUCGAUUGAACACAUCGCAGGCCUCGUAUCAGUCACUGCAAUCCGAUUAUCAAAACCUGGAAAAGGUCAAAGCCCAGUUGGAGGUGGAAAGCAAAUCGCAGCAGCUCACUAAUUCCAGUUUAUUAAAGAAUUUGAUUCAGUUGGAGAAAGAAAAGGAUAGUCUGCUAAAGAAUGCAGAAGAUUCGCAAGAUGCACAUUCUCUUGUAAUGGCCGAUCAUGAGGCUUUGCAACGUCUGCAUGAACAGUUGAGCCAGGAUUACGAAAAACUGACUAAAGAGCUAAAUAUGGCAAAGGCCGAGAACAAGAAGCUAGUGCACGAUCUGGCACAAAGUAGACCGUAUUCCUCUAUGACGCAAGAAGGACUGCGCAAUAACCGAAUGCCCGACUCAGCGGAUAUUCGUGAGGAGCGUUUGAAACGUCUGGAAGCGGAGUAUGCGGCACUGGUGUCGGAAAAUGAUGCGUUACGAAAUACAAAUCAUGAGCUCAGCGAAACGUAUCGGAUCCUGACGGAAGAACAUAAGACUGUCAAAACGGAGAUCAAUCAGUUGCGAUUGAAAAAGAUCGAGUAUGAGGGUGUUGUUUACGACUGCAAGAGUCAAGUGCAGAGCAAGGAAGUGGAAGCCAACAGACACACUGAAAUUUUGCUAGGAAUUAUUGCUUCGUUAGAGGACGAAAAACGAUCUUUUGCGGCAGCCAUCGAACGGCUUGUUCUUCAAUACGAUGAUGUAUUUUUGCAUUCAUGGCGCGAAAAAAGUCAGAUGCAAACAGAGCAGAAGGAACUCCAAGAAAAACUCCAUGCACUGGAUUUGCAAAAACAGUUAUUAAUACAAAAACUGUAUGAUACAUUCAAGAAUGCUGACGCGCGGAAGCGGCAUGUGGGAUUUCUGAAGCGAGUCCGUCGCGCUGCCGGUGAGCUGGUGGGGCGUAGUCGAAGUCGGUCGCGCACACGAACUAUCAGUCCGACGGACAGCACCGCUGAUAGCUCAUCAGUGGAAUCCACAGCAGGGACAACUGACCGUGCAACCGUGAAGCGACUCCAUUCAAUCAGCAUGCAUACCAUGGCUGCCUUACCUAAAAGUGCAAGCGAGCGGAAUGCUGCAAAAAGUGGUCCGCAACUGAGCUACUCGUCCGACGAUCUACGCAAGAAUAGCUCCAGUGCCUCUUCGUGCAUUUCACCAUCGGAACAACCGGCUGAAGAUGGCCGACCCCGUACAGUGUCUAACGGCACAUCCGCCGCCGACAGUGCCGGCAACUCUCGUGAUCCGGCACUGCAUCGCAUUGGAAGUCGUCGCGGGGUGUAUCAGCCUAACACCAAUGUGGUUGUGCACCAUCCGGCAAGAGAACGAGGGAAUCAGUUAUCCGAGCCAACUAAUCCGUCCAAACCACAAGACGCUGGCGAUUCGUCUAAACCGGGUGCCAAGAAAUGCUGCACAUCGUACGGCGGUUUCCACGAUUGUAGUAUGUUGAAUUACACCAGGCUGACCGCGGCAACAGCCCUUGCAAACGGUGCGUCGCCUAGCACGUUGAGAAGAAAUAACGAGGUGCGAGCGUCCAGUGAGAUGCGGGAAAGCAAGGAUGAUCGGGCAUCUAGUGGCAGUAAUGUAUCUACACCCACGACAUCCGUUCGGUCGGCGCAUUUGUACGCUGUUCCCCACCAGCAACGACUCAAACAUUUAGUGUCCACUACGACCUCUCGGAGUUCUCCGAAACCUGGGCUUGGAACGCCACCGAAUGGAUACGUUUUUCGGCCUAGAUCGUCCAUUGCGGCAUCCGACACAGCAACGCAAGGUGAAGAGAGCGACACAAUAUCAACCUGGUCGUUCAAUGGCUCCCAAUCUGGGCACGUUCAGUCCGGUAGUUACGAGAGGCCCAGCUAUUAUAGGAGCGACGCCAGUACACCGUCAGUGAUUAUGGAAUCUCAGCCGCGCGAUCUGGGCAGCUCCGUGGGAAAUGUUGAGGAUAGUCCCGUUUGGUACGAGUACGGCUGCGUCUGAUGGACCUGUUGGACAUUCUGGUUAUACCCAGUCUCUGUAGUCGAAUGCAGCUCUUGCGGUUGUUUAUUUGUGAUCUGACUUGAUUUCCCUUUGUUCCUCAGAUGUACUUCGGUUAGGCUACCUUUUUAUGUAGUUUAAAAUUAUGUAAAAUAUGCGUGUUUACACCACCAAGCGUAUUUAUACUGUGAACAUUGUGCGCAUAGGGUGCGCGUUAUCUAUACACUUUGUGCGUUAUAUUGUGAGUUCGGACAUUAUUGUUCAUGUUUUCUUAAUUUUGAUGUUUUAUUGUUGUAGUACCGAGUGCUUCUUCCGUUCUGCUUUCUGUUGGCGUUCUGCUUUAUUCGCACAAUAGAAGCGGAUAACCUGGCUUUGGUCAAUAAAAUACGUACAGUGUAUCAUCCGGUUCCGGCGAAAAAAAAGCUCUUCUUAAUGC